UAUAAAUUUAUGCUGCUGGAUAUUUCGGUAUUAAAAGAAUUUUUAAUUACAUAUAGUGACGAGUGUUUCUAUUUUAUACAAUAAAAAAAAAAGAGGAAAACAAAGUAAGCAUGAGUUUUGAACAAUUUAAACAAGAAAUCGAAAUGGGAAGUAGGGAAUGUAGAAAAAAAGGAACAAUAAUAAAAAGUAAAGAACGUGAAGUGAUUAAAACAAUUAUUGAACUUUGUGAUCAAGAGGCAAAACAAAAGUGUUUAUAUUUUCCCCUACGACAAGCGACAAAACGUGCUGCACAAUACGCAAAAGUAUCGGAAAGAACAAUAAAACGAAUUCGCGAACAAGUUAAAUGGGGAGUUGAAUUUAAUGACGACGAUUGUCCAUCGGGUUUGGCGAAAAUUAAAAGAAGCAAAAUGGGCUUAAAAUUCGCAUGUAAUUUAUCGUUCAUGUUUCCUGAGUGCGCAUCACUUAUUGGAAGAUAUCAGCUUGCAAAAAAAGUUGGGUUUAAAUACGUGGAAAGUGGUUUUCCAUUUGGAUUUUCCGUUGAGCAGGUGGUCGAGGCAAAGACAAAAGCUGACGUACAACAAGUAUUAAUUAAUGUUUUUACAGGAGACGUUACAAAAGGUGAUCUCGGAUUUGCCGCCGUUCCUGGAGAAGAGCAAAAUUUUCAAAACAGUAUUGAACUCACUAUUCAAUAUGCAAAGGCUCUCGACUGUAGAAAGAUUCAUGUAAUGUCGGGUAAAGUGGAAGUAUUAACAAAAGGAAAUGACGAGGCUUACGAAAAUAAUCUUAGGUACGCUGUUAAAAGAUUCGAGGAGGAAAAUAUUAUUGGUUUAAUAGAACCUAUUAAUUCUCACACUGUACCAAAUUAUUACAUGAACAGUUUCGAUAAAGGUUUGUCAUUUAUUAAAAAAAUCGACAGUCCAAAUCUACGAUUAAUGUUGGACAUUUUUCAUUUGCAACACAUUUGCGGAAAUCUCACGUACUCAAUACGUGAAUACCUUCCCUACGUUGGACACGUACAAAUUGCACAAGUGCCCGACAGAAAUGAACCAGACACACCGGGCGAAAUUGAUUACAAAUAUAUAUUUUCCCUAUUGGAACAAGAGGGAUACGAGGAUUACGUUGGUCUAGAAUAUAAACCAAAGUCAAGUACAUUUGAGGGAAUCAAAUGGAUCAGACGAUUUGGAUUUUCUUUUUAAAGAAAAGAAAAAAUAUAACUGUACAUAAUAUAUAUUAUUUUCCUUUUAUUUGUAAAAAAGUGAUUUCUCGUGUGAUAUUUAUAGAAAGAAAAAUAAUUUUAAAUAAGAAAC